UACGCUGCCUCGGCCAUUCGUCGUCCGGCGCGCGUCAGAGACACUUGGAGUCUCUCCUCUCUCUCUCUCUCCUUUACGUUACCCGUGUCUCACCCAACACCCAUACACACGCGCACUCAACCCAUCACGAUGUCUGGACUCGCGGAUCCCGUGGCUUUCGCCAAGGAUUUUAUAGCCGGCGGUGUAGCUGCGGCUAUCUCUAAGACCACUGUCGCGCCCAUUGAGCGCGUAAAGUUGUUGCUGCAGGUACAGCACAUCUCCAAGCAAAUCGCCGAGGAUCAGCGUUACAAGGGUAUGAUCGAUUGUUUCGUUCGUAUCCCACGUGAACAAGGAUUCCUCAGUUACUGGCGUGGUAAUUUCGCCAAUGUUAUCAGAUAUUUCCCAACGCAAGCCUUGAACUUUGCCUUCAAGGAUAAAUACAAGCAGGUUUUCCUUGGUGGCGUUGAUAAGAACACUCAAUUUUUCCGUUAUUUCCUUGGAAAUCUCGCGUCUGGUGGUGCUGCUGGAGCCACUUCUCUGUGCUUUGUCUACCCACUCGACUUUGCCAGAACCAGGUUGGCUGCCGAUGUAGGCAAAGCUGGCGGUGAGCGUGAGUUCACAGGAUUAGGUAAUUGUUUGACGAAGAUCUUCAAAGCUGACGGUAUCGUCGGUCUUUACCGUGGGUUCGGCGUAUCGGUGCAGGGUAUCAUCAUUUAUCGUGCAUCUUAUUUCGGUUUCUAUGACACUGCCCGUGGUAUGCUGCCAGACCCCAAAAAGACUCCAUUCCUCGUUUCAUGGGGUAUUGCCCAGGUCGUAACUACUGUCGCGGGUAUUGUGUCUUAUCCCUUCGAUACAGUACGUAGGCGUAUGAUGAUGCAGUCCGGCCGUGCCAAGACUGACAUUUUGUACAAAAACACUCUCCAUUGUUGGGCCACCAUUUACAAAACGGAAGGUGGUAAUGCCUUCUUCAAGGGCGCGUUCUCUAAUGUUCUCCGUGGAACAGGUGGUGCGCUCGUACUCGUAUUGUACGAUGAAAUUAAGAACCUUCUUUAAAGCGCUAAUACGAUCCUCGUCUCAUUACUCUCACAAUCAUUGACAUCGUCAUUAAUUAUCCACAUCAUCCGAUUUGAUAGCGAUUCCCACAGACCGACAGACAGAAGAAACGUUGUCGGCGAUAUUAAUAAGUAAUUCAGGCUGAGGACGGUCGACGUAGCAGCUCGUAAAGUGCAUGAAACUCGGCAAAAAUAAACAAAGGAAUAGAAGAGAAUCUGCUUAACUUAUUGCCGGAUUCAGUAUUUUCCCGCAGCGAUUGACAUUUACGUAUUUUCGUAUUCCAUUGUAAAAACGUUGAAGAGACAAGCACAAUCGCGAAAAUAUCGCGAACACCUGUUACUUGGAUAACGUUCCAUACACGCUACGCUGAGUAAGUAGACCGGUCGGAAUAUCAAAGUACUUGAAAGUAAUAAAUUGCCUAGAGUAUCGAGUCAGCGCACGCGAAACCAUCGAGAGAGGAGGAUGCGCGACGAAAUGUCAUCACGGCGAUGGCGGGGCGCGUAGCCUGGGCCGCCCCCCGCCCUUAUUCUCGGCCCGUUGUAGAUAAUUCAUAAUUAAUUCGUAAUUAAUAAAACUUAUCAUUUUAAUGGUAAUCAGCCAGUUCGUUAAUUUUUGACGGACGAUAAUUUAAUUUCGCACUCCAAGACGACCAUGUAAGAAGAAAAGCGUUACUCAGAAUGUAUGCAUCUAAUCUGUUCAUGUUAGGAUGCAUGCAGGGAAAGCAGCAAAUCAAUAAAAAUGAUAUAAAAUUUCA